AUGACAAGAGGAAGCAUAAAACAUGAAGAAAUACAGAACGAAUAUAGGAGAAAUGCGAUGUUCCGAAAAAGGAGAGACGGUUUGGUGAAGAAAGCCAACGAGUUCAUGGAUUUUCGCGACGAGGAAAGAAAGAGAAGGAUGACCAGACAUGAGGGUUUGGUGAAGCAGAUGGUGCAAGGAGAGAUGGAAAAUCUUGAGAAGCUGAAGAAUGCUAUCCAGUUGAAGGAGUCUCAGCAGCUCGUGGUGAAGUCGAUGCAGAUGAACUCGUUCAACGGGUUUGGAAUCGAUCAGUUGAAUGCUAUGAAUUCAUUUGCAGAUCAUAUGCUUAAGAAGCUGCAACAAAGAGAUAAUGAGCUUAAUGGUAAAUGA